AUGUCUAAUCCAAGUGCCAGCAUUAUUUCUCACAUGAACAACGACCAUCAACUCGCAUUGCGCGAUUACGUUGUUGUUUAUGGAUCGGUGGACCCCAGAUAUUUGAAUGAGGACUCCGUUGAAAUCAAGGAAGUUGACACUGAAAAAAUUGUGAUUGCAUACGAUGUUAUCAAUCCAUCUUUGACAAAAACCUUAACCCUCAAGUGGAAUGACACCAAAGAGCAUGAGAAUUUACGUGUCAAGUCGUAUGCAGAUAUCAAGUCCAAACUUAUUGCAAUGGCCAAGUACAGUGCUGGACAACAGGGAUUUGUUGAAAAGAAAUUGACCAAAAUUUUUGGUCCUGACGCCGGAAGUUUCCCAAUGUACCCAAUCUGGGCCAUUUUAUUACUUAAUGCUUACAAUCCAGCAAUCUUAAGAGGAUUCGCCAGUAACACUGAAUUGAUAAAGAAGACAAUCGAACAUUUUCCAGCAGUGGUUUCCACAAUCUAUUCUUGGACCGAAUUACACGCAUUGAGGAUUUGCAUUGGUUUGUUUAUUGCUCAUUUGGGAGAAGUACUUUUUAUUUCAAGACCAUUCUUGAAGAAACAUAGAGCACCAUUUGGAACCAGGUUGGUAUACUACUUUAUGAACUUGGUUGAAGGGUUCCCUGUCUUGCUCAGAUUGAAAAAGAACACUUAG